GGCAUCGAGAAAGUCGACCGAGUGUGGUUGGUAAACGAUUUCUUUCUAAUUUUAAGCUGUAGGCAGGCUUGGUGAGGCACGGUUCGUGACAGUUCUUUGUUUGUACAAGAAAAUUGAAAAUGAAGACGAACAAGAGACGAAAGAAACCAAAGAAACCAGUAACAGCUAUGAACUUAGCCAGCCAAAAUAACGAGAGCUCAAUGUUCAUGAAAAGGAAGGUCAUAUCAAGGCUGCACACCAUCAUGAAGGACAUUGACAAGGUCAAACAAGAUACAACCAUCUCUUCAGAUGAAAAGAAGUUGAAGGUUAAGCAGUUAGAACUCAAGAUAGAAGAGCUAGGGGGAUUACACGCCUACCAACAAAGUUCUCUCCUUGGUGAACAUCUCCAUGGCAACGUAAACACAUCAAAAUGGGUGCUGCAAAAACUCAAGGAAGCUAAUAUCCGGUCACCAAAGGGAUCAAAGUUAUAUCUACUGGAUGUUGGGGCCCUGCAGGAGAAUUACUCCAAACAAACUAAAUGGUUGGAUGCAGUGGCCAUUGAUCUAAAUCCACAGUGCGAAGGCAUCAUCAAAUCAGAUUUCUUUGACUUCAAGGUUGGAGAGUCUGAUGUCUAUGAUAUCAUAGUACUGAGUUUGGUCCUAAACUUUGUAAGCUCUCCUUCUCAGAGGGGUGAGAUGUUAAAGAGAUGCCAGACACUCUGCAGACAGGAAGGACAUAUCUUUAUUGUUCUUCCUCGUGCAUGCCUGGAUAACUCACGCUACUUGGAUCAUGCCCUCUUUGAACAGAUGAUGGAAAGUUUGAACUUUGACCUGGUGGCUAAGCAUGACAGCAAAAAGCUUAGUUUCUUGAUGUUCAGGAAGGCUGAGAAGAGGAAAGAAGGGAAGAUCAGUUUCCAAAAGAGAGAAGUCAGGAAUGGGACACGGUGCAACAACUUUUGCAUCGUUAUGAGAUGAGGGGUUUGACAGAGCUCUGAGAAGGGAAGAUUCAGGUCAACAUGAAGUCAGGAUGAGGAAAGGAGAGAUGGGCAAAGAGAAGUCUAAAACAGCGAAAGGUUAAACAACUAAACCUUUACCGUGACGAGACGAGUUUGUGGCCUUUGAUAAGAAGAUUAGUUUCUAUGAGAAAAGUCAGGAAUCGGAAUUGAUGCAGCAACUUUUGUGGAGUUUUUCAUGAGUCUGCCUUAGACACCUUAAUGAGAAAACUGUCUUCAUAUGAUUGUGACUGUUCCAUAUGAUUGAUGUGACCAGGGUUUCCCAAGUCGUGGACUUGCACCAUGUUUUUUGCAUCGGGGGAGCGUUUCAUGAAAGGACUUGUGUAUAUUUCAUCCAACAAAUCCUGCUUUACCUGGCAGUUACUAUAAUAACUGCCUCUCAGCAAAUCAAAAUCUAGGAAAGAUGUUGGAUCUGACAACUCGUGGAACAAAUAUGUUGAUAAAACACUCCCCUGGUCUUGCGUAGGGACACAUGAAGCUACUAUGAAAACAAGUAAAUUAUCAAAUUUUCCACCAUCUAUUUCAUAAAUUGAGAUAAAUUUGUAUCUGUGUUUAUUAUUCAUUUUCUUAGUUUUCAUGAUGAAUGAAGAGGAUUAGAAUACAGACUAAAGAUUGUCUUUGGCUGAGGACAUUGACAUGCAGAAACAUCGUAUUUGGGAAUGUGUGAUUGCCACUUGUGUGUAGACACAUUUGACAUAGCAAUAUGGGCCAAAUUCAUUCCACUUAAUGUAGUCAGGAAGUUUCUCUUUAUUGAAGUUUGAUUAAAAUUCAUGUUAAAGCGUAAAAAUUAUUGAUUGAAAAACACAGAAUGAUCAUAUGAAAGUCAAUAAAAGCAGUAACACACAUCAGUUAUGAAUAUAGUGAUUUUUAUUUAUUGCAUGAAAGCUUAAAAAAUAUUUUUGAAAAUUCUAACAUGGCAUAUUGUUUUACAUGAAUUGAUCAUAAUAUAUUCUUACAGUACUGAAUCAUUUACAAAUCCUGGCUAAAAUCAAUACUCGCAUUGAUAUUUGAAUCCAUGUUUUUUUUUCUCUCUUUAUAAACUGACCUUGGAAUGGAUUUAACAGUGGUUCAAACAAACGUGAGUUUGAAGAAGAGUAAUUACAUGCAGAAUCAUUCUUUAAAUUCAAUCAUUUUUAGGACAAUUUUCACUACCAGAGUAAGAUAAUCUGUACUUGGUGAACGAACUGAAGGAUGGCAUUCCAUAAAUAUGUGGUCUAUUAAAUGCUAAUUUGGGGUAAGCUUUAUAUGAGGAUAGAGAUACAUUGGGCAGAUAGCUGUCCAGGUUUCACAAGUAGAAAAUAUGCCCAGAGUAAAAUUAUACCUACGUAGUAGUAUUUUAUCUACUCAUUAGGACUAAAUUAUUUAAUAGGGUUCCAUGAUACUUGCUCCAAUGGAAAAUCUGCACAUUAAACACAAAUCCUUAUUCUAA